CGUUACCAAGUUCCAUCAUCAACCUAAACACACAACAUUUAUCUCUCUCAAAUAUAUCAAAAGAAAAACAAACAUAAACAAUGGAGAAUAUGAGAAACGGCGGAGAAAACGGUUCUCACUGGAUCCCAUAUAUGUUAUUUGAUCGAUCUUCGGUAACGAUUCAUCUUCUAAAGUGGUUCGGCCUGGGAAGUUCUUCUCCAUCAUCCUCAUUCUCAUCUCACAGCGAAGAAGAAGAUGUUGUGGAGAUAAAGGAGGAGGAAGAUGAUAUGACCGUCGAUAUCACGGAGCGUCGGUUGAAGAAGAGUAAGUCUAAGCCAAAAACAAGCCCAGGAAAAGGAGGAGGAGUUCAUUAGGCUUCAUAUAAACUUAUACGUAUAUAAAACAUAUAAAUGCAAAUGUAUACGCAGUGUACGAUGUACACUGUACGUAAUAAGAUGUAAGAUAAUAUGGUUAGAUAUUUAUUUUUGUACGUGAAUUGGUUAAAUAAAAUCGAGUUUGGUCAUUA